AUAAGAGGUACAGUCAGAACAUCACAGGACAGCACAGCCAGCAGCAAAACAAUCCACACCAGAGGAGACCCAGACAGCAAGAUGGUUCCAGUGUUGAUGUUACUCAUGGCAGCUCUUGUAGCUGCAGAUGAGCCAAUGAUGGAUUUCUCAGAGCCAGCAGAGUCUGUUUCUGUGGUCCACUGUGAUGCUACUACUGCAUGUCCUGACGGAACAACGUGCUGUCUGAGUCCUUAUGGUGUGUGGUACUGCUGCCCAUUCUCAAUGGGUCAGUGCUGCAGAGAUGGAAUUCAUUGUUGUCGUCAUGGUUAUCACUGCGAUUCGACAUCGACCCAUUGUUUGAGGGGGUGGUUGAGACUGCCGUCUUCUCCCAAGCCGGCCACCAAAGCUAUCCAGAAACCUCAGUCUGUGCCCUUUGACCAGGCUCUUAAAUGGCAGAGCCAGACGGAGACAGUUCAUUGUGAUGGAAAUCUCUACUGCCCAACUGAGCAGUUCUGUUGCAAGACAGCAGCAGGCCAGUGGGGGUGCUGCAGCGAGAUGGUGGUGUAAGUAAACCACCCCUGUGACUUGGUUGCAGCUCUUAUCAAAGACUGUCAGAGUGCAAGAGGCUUUUGUCACACUUUCACUCCACAUGGACUUUUGUUUUCAGUCAGCACCAUUUUCCCUUAGUUAGUUUGUUGUUAUGGACACUCAUUAGUGUCAGCUGUGUUGGAUUUAGCCUGUUUGGAUUAUUAAAAGCUGCCUGAAUCAUCAUGUGUGUUUAUUCUAACCAAGCGUGACAGCUUUCAGAUAUCAAAUACUGUUGAGGGAAAGGAAUAAUAUACAUUCAAGCUGAAUCAAUGCAAAAUAAAAUUUUAAAGAACAGCA